GCAGCCUGUAUAUUCUUUUUUUUUCUUUGCCCGCCGAGCGCGUCAAAGUCGCAUAAUACAUAAAACGCACAACAUGGCCGCGCGACAAACAGUACUCCGGGCGGCGGCUCGCCAAUGCCGCUCAAAUUUGCAGCGUUCGUCGAUAACAUCAUAUUCACAACCUCCAGUCUUACAAUUUUCACGCAAUGUUUCGUCCAGCAACGAGACUACAACCUCAAAUAACAAUGCCGCUGGCUCCGAGCGUACAACGCACUUUGGUUUUCAGACUGUUCCUGAAUCACAAAAAGCCGGCCGUGUGGCCGACGUCUUUCACAAUGUCGCCGAGACUUAUGACAAAAUGAACGAUCUUAUGUCCUUUGGUUGGCACCGGGUCUGGAAGGACCACUUCGUUCGGACCCUCAACCCGGGCCUCUCCUCGGACCCCCUUAAGCCGUCCCCGCAGCACAUCCUCGACGUGGCAGGCGGCACGGGCGACAUCGCCUUCCGCAUGCUACACAACGCGCACGUGCUCAACGCGAACCCCAACGUGCGCGUCACCAUCUCCGACAUCAACGCCUCCAUGCUGGCCGUCGGCCGCGCUCGCGCCGAGGCCACCCUCCCACCGGCCCAGCUCUCGGCCCUGUCCUUCCUCGAGGCCGAUGCGACCGACUUCCUGGCUCCCAACUCCUCCGCCACGCCGAGGCACAACGUACCCGCGCCUGGCUCGCUGGACCUGUACACGGUGGCCUUUGGCAUCCGCAACUUCACCGACAUACCGGCGGCGCUGCGCGAGGCGUACCGCGCCCUCCGGCCCGGCGGCGUCUUUGCCUGCCUCGAGUUCAGCAAGGCCGACAAGCACCCGCUCUUCAACGCCGUUUACAAGCGGUGGUCCUUUGGCGCGAUCCCCCUGAUCGGCCAGCUCGUCGCCGGCGACCGCGACAGCUACCAGUACCUGGUCGAGAGCAUCGAGCGCUUCCCGUCCCAGGAGGAGUUCCGCGACAUGAUUGUCGAUGCUGGAUUUGAGGUCUCGGGUGACGGUUACGAGGACCUCACGGGCGGCGUGGCUGCCAUCCACAAGGGCGUCAAGCCGUUGGACGGUUGAUAUUUGGUGCCGUUUCACCAUUGAGGCUGUAAUUGACCUUUCUUUUCUCUGUCUUUCACUCUCCUUUUAUUUUCACUGUACAAAAUGUUCAUCAUCUCAUGUAUUUGUACCACCGUGUCUGCAGGGCUACCAGGAAGACCAAAAAAACAAAACAUAAAAACCAAAAGACAAAUAGAAAAGGGAGGGGGAGGCGAUGCUAAGAUUAUAAAAUGUACAAUACCAU